UAAAGUUCAAAGAAAGCCCAUCUCAUACAAACUUUUAUUAUUUGAAGUGCUAGUAGCUAGUUGUUUAUUUCUUUUUCUCCUAUUAUCAUCCGUUGAUCUCUUACCAUAACUACAAUUUAUCCACAUACAAGUUAUUUUCUUUUCAGAUAAUUAACUGAAUCAAUGGCAUCAUCUUCUGCUUCUGCAAGUACUUCACAAUUUUCUUAGUGGAACUACAAAGUCUUUCUAAGUUUUAGAGGUGAAGAUACUCGAAGGACAUUGACAGGUCACCUCUUCAAAGGCUUGGAAAACAGUGGAAUAUUCACGUUUAAAGAUGGUAAAAGGCUAGAGCAUGGUGCAUCAAUAUCAGAUGAACUCUUGAAAGCUAUCGAACAGUCUCAAGUUGCCCUCAUCGUUUUCUCAAAGAAUUAUGCAACAUCGAGGUGGUGCUUAGAUGAGCUAGUGAAGAUCAUGGAAUGCAAGGAUCAAUGUGGACAGACUGUCAUACCAGUCUUCUAUGAUGUGGAUCCAUUACAUGUUCGAAACCAGAGGGAGAGCUUUGCUGAAGCCUUUGACAAACACGAAACAAGAUAUAAGGAUGAUGAUGAAGGAAUGCAGAAGCUCCAAAGAUGGAGGAGUGCUCUAACUGCUGCCGCAAAUCUAAAAGGAUAUGAUGUCCGUGACGGGAUUGAAGCAGAAAAUAUUCAGAAGAUUAUCGACCAAAUUUCCAAAUUGUGCAAUAGUGCUACUUUGUCUUCUUUGCGAGAUGUUGUGGGAAUAGAAACUCAUUUGGAGAAAUUAAAGUCCCUACUUAAGGUAGGAAUCAAUGAUGUUCGGAUCAUAUUGGGGAUGUGGGGCAUGGGCGGUGUAGGGAAGACGACAAUAGCAAGAGCUAUUUUUGACACUUUAUCUCAUCAAUUUGAAGCUGCUUGUUUCCUUGCGGAUAUUAAAGAAAAUGAAAAAUUACAUUCGUUGCAAAAUACCCUUCUCUCUAAAUUGUUAAGAAGAAAAGAUGAUUACGUCAAUAAUAAGCAUGAUGGGAAGCGGAUGAUUUCGGAUAGACUUUGCUCUAAGAAGGUGCUAAUUGUGCUUGAUGAUAUAGGUCAUAAAGAUCAUUUAGAGUAUUUAGCAGGUGAUAUUGGUUGGUUUGGUAAUGGCAGUAGGGUUAUUGUAACAACUAGAGACAAGCAUUUGAUAGGGAAGGAUGAUUCUAUAUAUGAAGUGACUGCACUACCUGAUCAUGAAUCCAUUCAAUUGUUCCAUCAACAUGCUUUCAAAAAAGAGGUUCCAGAUGAGUGUUUUAAGGAGCUUUCAUUGAAGGGGACCAUGGCAAUGGAAGCAAUUUGGCUUCAUGAUAAUUUUGGUACACUACGCUUUAGCAAUGAGGCCAUGAAAAAUAUGAAAAGGCUUAGGAUAUUAUACAUAGAGAGGUGGUCCUGUUAUGGUUCCAUUGAGUAUCUGUCCAACAACUUGCAUUGGCUUGUCUUGGAUGGCUAUCCUUGUGAGUCACUGCCAUCUACAUUUGAACCCAAAAUGCUUGUUCACGUUCAACUCAAACACAAUUCACUGCAUUAUUUAUGGAUGGAAACAAAGCAUUUGCCGUCACUGAAAAAGCUAAUUCUCAGCGGCUCUGGAAACCUGAUGCGAACACCAGAUUUCAAGGGGAUGCCAAAUUUGGAGUAUUUGGAUUUGAGUUUUUGCAGUAAUUUUGAAGAGCUUCACGACACCCUGGGAUGUUGCAGAAAACUCGUCGAGUUAAAUUUGACUUGGUGUGAACGCCUUAAGAGGUUUCCAUGUGUUAACGUGGAAUCUCUUGAAUAUCUGAGUUUAGAAAAUUGCUCAAGUUUAGAGAAAUUUCCAGAAAUCCACGGGAGAAUGAAGCCGAAGAUACAGAUUCACAUGCUUGGCUCUGGGAUAAGGGAACUUCCAUCCUCAUAUUUUCAGUACCAAACUCAUAUUACCGAGCUAGAUUUGAGCUUUAUGAGAAACCUUGUAGCUCUUCCAAGCAGCAUCUCUAGGUUGAAAAGUUUGGUUAGUCUGAGUGUGUUGGAUUGCUCAAAACUGGAAAGCUUGCCAGAAGACAUUGGAUCCUUAUCCUCUUUGAAAGAAUUGUAUCUCAAUGGAAAUAAUUUUGAACAUUUGCCUCGAAGCAUAGCCCAACUUGGUGCUCUUCGAUCCUUAGACUUAUCAUAUUGCCAGAGGCUUACACAGCUGCCAGAACUUCCCCCUGAAUUAAAUGAAUUACAUGUAGAUUGUCAUAUGGCUCUGAAAUUUAUCCAUGAUUUAGUAACAAAGAGAAAAAAACUACAGAGGGUGAUAUUCCCUGAUGAUGAGGAUGAUGCACUCGAUGAUCCUAUAUAUAAUUUGUUUGCACAUGCCCUGUUUCAGAAUAUCUCUUCCUUGAGGCAUCACAUCUCUGCUUCAGAUUCCUUGUCCGAAAGUGUGUUUACCAUUCUGCAUCCUUGGAAGAAGAUCCCAAGUUAGUUUCUCUAUCAGGGAACGGAUAGUAGUGUAUUGAAAAUUGGUAUAUACCUGAUAAUUUCUUGGGAUUUGCUGUAUGUUACUAUGGCAGCUUAAUUGACACCACAGCUCAAUUGAUUUUCGUAUGUGAUGACGGGAUAUCGUGGAUGACCCGGAAACUUGCCUUAUCACCCGACGAUUCAGAAUGUGAUACAGAAUCAUCCGACGAUUCAGAAUGGGAUACACAUUUUUUCUUUUUACCUUUUGCUGGCUUAUGGGAUACAUCUAAGGCAAAUGGAAAAACACCAAAUGACUAUGGGAUGAUUAGGCUAUCUUUUUCUGGAGAAAUGAAGGAGUAUGGACUUCGUUUGUUGUACAAAGAAGAAGCUGAGGUUGAGGCCUUGUUACAAAUGAGGGAAAAUAACAAUGAACAUUCCACUGGGAUAAGGAGGACCCGAUAUAACAAUAGUGAACACGACGUCAUGAUCAAUGAAGCCAGCUGCUCCUCGGGUAAGAAACAAAAGAGUCACAUUUCCAAUUUUCAGGGGAACUCUGUCUUUGAGAAUCUGCAGCAACAAGUAGAGUCGCCAGUCUCUUCAGAAAUUUUGAGGCUCAAUCUUUCAUUCCCAGAAAUUUUUCCUAGUUGGCGGUGAAAUUGUGUUCUCUCCUUUUAUGAACUCAUCAAUGGGUGAUGUACAUAUCUUGUCUCCGCUUGUUUUGAGCCAUGAUUAACUAUGUUAAUAUCAGCAAAAGGCACACUUAAAGCUCGCUUAAGCCCUAAAGUGAGGCGCAAAACAUGUUGAGCGCUUCGCCUCGCUUAGAGGGCGCUUUAAUGUCGUCAUCAAGACUCUAAGGGAGGUCGGGAAAAAGAUAAAACAAUUGGCGCUGCACAGCGUGAGACUAUGGAGAAAGCUGAGUACGAGAUGAAGUUGAGAUUAUUAUACCAAAUGUUACUUAGAAGCCCGUUCCUCUCAACACUGCUUGCGCUAAUUCAUCUUGACGAGUACUAAGAAACUCGUCAAGAUGGCCAGGAGAUGGCAGAAGUUUGCAGCUAUGCAGAGGAAGAGGAUUUCACUUCCAAGAAAUGGUAGUAAUGCAGACAGUUGUAGUACAUCUUCAUCCUCUAGAGCCAGAAAAGGCCAUUUUUCUGUCUACACAAUUGAUCGAAGGCGCUUUGUUAUUCCCUUGGCUUACCUUGAAAAUGAGGUCAUUAGGCAACUUUUAAGCAUGUCUGAAGAAGAGUUCGGGCUACCAAGUGGUGGUGCUAUUACGUUACCCGGUGAUUCGGUCUUCAUGGACUGCAUCGUUUCACUGAUCAAAAAAGGCGUAGCUGCUGCAGAUAUUCACAAAGCAUUGCUUCUAUCAAUUCCUUCAUGUUGCUGUACUUCACCUUCUAAUUUGCACCAAGAAAGUGGAAAUCAGCAACUUCUUGUUUAUUGAGUUAUCAUCAUCAUAUUUUGUAAAUGAUAGCUCAAAAUAGAUGAAUUGUACAGCAGCUGAAAAGCAAGCAAAUGAUAGCAUGUAUUACAGAUGGGAAUAGCUUUAUGUGAAUAUAUACCAAUUUUAUUCAAGA